UUCAUUCAGUGUAUCUGUCAACGUGAUUCGAGUAGCACGUGUAUCAUGCAUAAGCUGCGUGUUUAAGUUCGACAAAAUAUUAUUUACACGUUUAUCGUAAUAGAAACAACUUUUAUCACUAAAAACGAUUUACCAUUUCAAUGUAAAUUAAGUUCUAAGUGAGUUUUUAAUUCACAAAUGAGUUUAACGAUGUGUCCUACAUAAAAAACAGAAGAUACCGAUUUUCGAAAGAAAGUUUACUAAGUUUAUUUUUUUGUGUGAUGUGAAAUGUGCAAGAUGCGUAUUUUGAAGUUGGAAUUAGUGUUUUUACUGAACUUGUUGUUAGUUAGUGGGGAUGAGUAUAAUAACGAUGUGAGUGAGCAUUCUUUGGAGUUGACCCAGUCCUUGAACUUGGCGCGACAGGAGCUUAUUCAAGAGACUUGUAGACAUUUCCCGCCAAGGUACAGCUUAGAUGAACUCCCUCCGAGUCACCUAGAACACAUUUUAAUAAACGAAGAACAUAAACUAUUGUACUGCUAUGUGCCAAAGGUGGCCUGUACUAACUGGAAGAGAAUCUUGAUGAUACUGGCUGGCAAAGCCAAUGACACGGAUGUUUUGUCUAUAACAGCCAGUGUGGCUCACACACCAGGAAUGUUCCGGAACUUGAGUUCUGUUCCUAGGCCAGAGAGGGACUAUAUGUUGGAGAAUUAUAACAAGAUGAUCAUUGUCAGAAAUCCCUUUGAAAGAUUAUUAUCAGCCUUCAGGAAUAAGUUGGAAGGUGAUGCUCCUAGUGCUAAGUAUUUUCAGGAUCGUGUUGGCAGACGAAUAAUCAAGGCAUACAGAGAGAAUCCCUCCAACGAAUCCCUGGAGUUUGGUCAUGACGUCACAUUCAAGGAGUUCGCUCUCUUCCUCACCAAUCGCUCUGAGGAUAUGGCUGACGUAGUCAACAACGAGCAUUGGCAGCCGAUCACCAACCUCUGCCAUCCGUGCCUUAUCAAGUACACUUUAGUGGGUAAAUACGAAACGCUUCUCGACGAUUCUCUACUAGCCCUUCACACGAUCAACGCCUCACAUAUCCAGUUCCCCCGCCUCGCCCACACCUCGGGCACUGCCGAGAAGCUCCACAGGUACUUCUCGCAGUUAGAAUUACCCCUCAUCAGGCGACUCUACAAACUAUACAAACAUGACUACAGAAUAUUCAACUACGAUUUGGACAAUAUCGUUGGUUUUGAUCUGGGAUAAGUCGUGUCUUUGAACGCUGUCAAGUCUUCGAACAAAUGGUUUUUGAGACUCGGCGUUCAAAGUGCCGUUUCGUGAACCAGUGAUUUUUUGUGUUUGAUACUGAAGUUUUUAGAUUGAUUGAUACGUAAAGGCUGUGCCUAAAUAAAGAGCUUGUUACGACACAGGAUGACUGCGUUGAAUUGACUUGACUAUUCGUACCUACUGAUGUAUUCAACUGUUCUUCGUGUUUUUAAGUGUUCGCGCUCUAAGUGGCCUAAUUUUAAACUACAAGACCGCAUUUCAUGACAGCUUUUUGCUGCAUAGGAUUAAGUUGUUACUUUCCUUUUUCAUAAAAAAAAAUCUACCUGCAAAUGACAUUCAUUGAAGGCCAUCAGAGUUUUCCUGUCUGAUUAGGAGUGAUUAUCGAUCAUGUCAAAUUUGCGAUUUUUAAGGACAAAACAAAAGGAUAGUUUGAUACAAUUAGAACGUACUAAUAGUCAACUCAGAUAGUUUAAGUAGAUUGAAUCAAGCGAAUUGUAGAUUAAGGGAUUGUAAUUAUACAUGAUUAUACUUUUUACGAGGUUACGACAA